AUGAUUGCGUGGGUGCAAGAGUUUCGCAUGGAUUUCCUCCUUGUAGCGUAUGGGAGACCCAGGUCCUUUGCGCGAAAGGCAGUGAUUGCCAACACUCUUAUCGGCAUUGUGCUCGCUGCGCUGACCCUCGCCUCUUGGUUUCUCGGAAGGUACGGACGAGCCGUCCCUUUCGGCUACGGACUACCCUAUGCGAUUUGGUUGGCUUGGGUCACAGCAAUUGAUUGCCUAUUAUCAGUAGCUUUGCUACGCAUGUCGUACCAGCAAACGGCCUUGCUGAGAUCGUAUGAUAAGUUAACGAUAUCUGAAGUCCAAACCUUUGCGCAUCGUUUCAAGAUUGCCGCCGUGGCUCAACUGCUGGUCAUCGUCAUUGCGACUGUGUUCUUUCAGUUUUCGUCUGGGAACAAUACGAUGGGUUAUAGUUUGGGGAUGUUGACCACAUUAAGUGUUCCAGCGCAGAUAUCGGUUAUCAUCUAUUCAAUAUGGACUUUACAAUCCAUGGAACGUGCUCGAACUGGUGCUCCUCGUGUGAACCCAUCAACGAAGCGGUCACUGCAAUUUCUGAACGUGACCGAUUCCGCAAGGACGGCCACCAGGACGACGUAG